UCUACCCGCGCCAGAACCUCUCCUAAACCCCAACGAACAAGCGGAGAGAUUUCUUUCAGUCGGCGAUCGGAGAUGAAGGUGGUGGCAUUGGUAAGCGGCGGCAAAGACAGUUGCUUUGCCAUGAUGAAGUCGAUUCAAUUCGGCCACGAGAUUGUAGCGUUAGCUAAUUUGAUGCCUGCCGAUGAUUCCGUGGAUGAGCUUGAUAGUUACAUGUAUCAAACUGUUGGACAUCAAAUUAUUGUUAGCUACGCAGAAUGCAUGGGAAUUCCAUUGUUUAGAAGGCGAAUUCAAGGAUCCACAAGGCACCAGAAGCUUAACUAUAGGAUCACUCCAGGUGAUGAAGUGGAAGAUAUGUAUAUUUUGCUAAAGGAAGUGAAGAGGCAAUUACCUAGUGUUUCCGCAGUAUGUUCUGGUGCCAUUGCAUCUGAUUAUCAAAGAUUGCGGGUAGAGAGUGUUUGUUCAAGGCUAGGACUUGUUUCUCUAGCAUAUUUGUGGAAACAAGAUCAAUCAUUGCUUCUACACGAAAUGAUAAACAAUGGAAUUUUGGCCAUCACAGUGAAGGUUGCAGCAAUGGGAUUGGAUCCGAUGACGCACUUGGGCAAAGAAUUAAGUUCUUUGGAUUCAGUUCUACAUAAGUUGAACAAAUUAUACGGGAUCAAUGUAUGUGGUGAAGGUGGGGAAUAUGAAACUUUGACCCUUGAUUGCCCUCUUUUUAAGAAUGCUAGGAUUGUGCUUGACGAAUCCAAAGUUGUGAUGCACUCAUCAGAUUCCAUAGCACCAGUAGGGUUCCUUCAUCCUAUUUCCUUCCAUUUGGAGUAUAAGGCAAAGACCUCUUCUAUCUGUGACAACAAUUCUGUUGACCAUGAGAGAGUGGGCCUUCUAUUCGAAAUUGAAGGAGAUUGCUUUCACAGUAGUGACACAUUACAGUCUGUUGCUGACGCCUCUAGUGCCAGUCAUUUACUUGAUGAUGUUCCAGAUGAUAGACUUCAAAUUUCAUGUUCAAGGAUGCAGAAUACGUUUGCGAUUAGUUGCUGGUUGCAAGAUUCACGUGAUACUUCUUCAGGUCUUCAAGAUGAUCUAAAGACUGUUCUCAGGAAAAUAGAAUCAGAACUUCUAGGUCGUGGUUAUGGAUGGAAAAAUGUGCUCUAUAUUCAUCUUUACCUUGCUGAUAUGGAUGAUUUUGCUUUGGCUAAUGAAACAUACGUCAGUUUUAUAACACAGGAGAAGUGCCCUUUUGGUGUCCCAUCACGCAGUACAAUCGAAUUGCCUCUUCUGCAAGUGAGAUCAGGAAAUGCAUAUAUUGAAGUUCUGGUGGCAAAUGACCAAUCAAAAAGAGUUCUUCAUGUUCAGAGCAUAUCGUCUUGGGCGCCUAGUUGCAUUGGACCAUAUAGCCAGGCAACUUUGCACAAGGAAAUCCUUUACAUGGCCGGUCAAUUGGGGCUUAACCCUCCGACUAUGACACUUUGUAGUGGAGGUGCUACACAUGAGCUGGAACAAGCACUAAAAAAUUGUGAAGCAGUGUCAGAAUCUUUUAACUCUUCAAUAUCUACUUCUUCUGUUCUGCUUGUCACGUACUGUUCUACUCGUAUUCAACUAGAGGAGAGAAAGAAAAUAGAGGACAAGUUGCAUGGUAUGCUUGAAGAAAUGAGGCAUUCCAAAAAAGAUAGUUCGUCAAAAGUGCUUGAUACUAUUUAUCUGUAUAUACAUGUACCCAAUCUUCCUAAAGGAGCACUUGUUGAAGUUAAGCCUGUUCUUUAUGUUCAAGAGAAUUUCGAUACGGAAGCAGAAAAUCUUCAUGACUCAUCGAAGUUACAUACGCCUACAUAUUGGGGUUUCCAACAUGAAGACUGGCACAAGUCUUGCAUUCAGAAGUGCGUUGUUAAUGGAAAUAUAUGUGCAGUUGUGUUGUCUGUGACAAAUGAACUUGCUCGGAAUAUUUGUUCUAGCCUACGAGGAAAUCAGAUUAGUGAAGAGCACUUAGAAUUGGUUUCCAAAUUUUGCAUUUGUCUUCUCAAUGAAGCUCUCUUAGACAGUGCUUGCUGUUGGGAAGAUAUAAAGAGUUUAAGGUUCUACCUUCCAACUAGCCUUAAUAUUACUUUGGAGGCUGCAUCAAUCAUAUUCUCUCGUGCUUUCAAUGAACUUGCUGAGUCAAAUCCAACAGUUCAUGUUGAUCGGUUCUUCAAUCUCAUCCCAGUGUUAGGUGCUGGACGGGCACCGACAUCCAUGGAUGAUAUAUUGACUUGUGAAUUAUUUGCUCAAAAAUCUUGAGACCGAGUUGUUCAACUGUGGUCAUUCUCUGGCUUGCAAUAUAUGCAUCUCCUUCACAACAAUCAGAUUCUUGGUUUAUGGAGGUACGUUCACUCCCUUGAAAGGCAAGCUCUUAUUUAAGUAGUUUUUGGGGAAAUUUUCAGUGCUAUGAUAGUAUAAUUCCUCUCAUUUGACAUGUUAAUUAAUUACAUAUUAAUUUAUGUUAUGGUCUCAUAGUAUGGCAGUUAAUGAAUAGAGGUAGUAUGGAAUUAUGGUAAGCAAUGAAAGCUGUUUCAUACUACCAUAGUAGUAGAAUUUUCCUUUUUUAAAAGAUAUAGAUAUAUGACUUGAAUGUUAUUGUAAUUUGUAUCAAUUCUCUCGGUGGGGGUGGGAGCAAAGGAAAUAUAAUUGUGAUUGAAUUUUGUAUCAUCAA